AUGGAAGAGGAGCGCACCAUCACGCUGGACCUGGGGUCGUCACCCGACCCAUUGAUCGACCCGGUCCUCAGCCCUCCCAUGAUGCCCCCAUCGCACAUCAAGAAAAAGAGUCAGGCUGCCGAGCGCCUGUUCACUGUGCUCGCACCGUCCCCGAGGAAGCAGACUUUCGAGUUGGACGUUGGAAAUGAGGGCUCGCCGCAACGGCUGCUCGUUACUGUCGAGGCCGGGGACGAGGGCACGCGCAACACCAGCCGUCGUCUCUUCCAGUCGCCCACCCCGAAACGACGAGCCACACCGCGACGGGGGACCGCGGUAACAACAACAACGGUACCACUACGCGGCCUGAGCGACGACGAGGCAGCAGGGUCGAGCAAUGGGACACCCAGGAGGAGAGGACGCCCUCGAAAAUUGGGAACUCCAAAACCAACCCGGCGCAAACGACCUGGGACGCCAGUCAGGGGUCGCAAGGACGCCCCUGGCGCAUCUCUAUUUCCUCAGAAGGAUAUCCUCACUUCAGACCUCGAAUUCGAGACGAACCCGCGUCCUAGUUCCCAGCCGCGACGAGUCGCAAAACGAAAGGCCACGUCGCCCGCAUCGGAGGACGGUCCGCCAAGCAGCCAACCGCGGAAACGAGGUCGGCCAAGGAAGCAAACCACGACUGACGGCGAUACAACGCGGUUAGGUCAGGAGGACACGCCAAACCCUGAGGGUGGCACCCAUGGCUCAUUUGCGCCUCAUCAGGCGGAUCAGCGGGGCCGUGGCAUGGAGGACGAUAUCUGGCUCGCGACUUUGUCCGACCAACCUACACCAGUUGCCCGGGGACAGCAGCGAUCGUACGACGCAGACUACACCGUGAGAGAUCGACGCGCUUCGGAACCAGAACCGCAACUGCCGCAGCACGACCCAGGAGACCAACCGCAAUACGACUGGCCGGACCUGGGUGGCGGAGCGGAUUCAUACAGCGACGCCGGGUCCAUGACAAGCGAGCAGCAUAGUGACAAUGAUGUUGAGAACACGGUCAUGGCGGAGGGAUUUACCUUGAUCUCCAUCGGGUCGUUACCGUCGAUGCAGCCGAACUCGAGCGUGAUGGCGCCGGCCCACGAGGAGCUUGGUGAGGCAACAAGCAUGAUCAUCAACGGCGCAUUGGAAUCCCUGAGGCAGAGUCAAAACAGGUCUACAGAGCAGACCGGCGGAAAACCGGCUCCCGUGGCCGUCGCAGCACAGCCGACUGGCGAUCAGCUCCCAGAGCAUUCCGCCCAGCCAAAACAGAAACCAGCCCUCCCUCCACUAAGCCCACCACAGAAUCGGCGACAAAGUCCACGCAGAGCGAAGGCUCAGCCUCUUGCCAGACGCUUGGCCGAAAAGUCCCUUCAGCAAGGGGAACGUCAGUCGCCGGCUCUUCCUCAACCGCCCGUUACUGCCGAGCCCCAAGAGGCGAGCACGUACGACGACUCCUUCUCCGAGAUUCCCGAGGUUGUGCUUGCGGCUGCAACACCACGGCGAUACCGUCGGCCUCAGCCCGAAUCCGAGGAGCCAGACGAAGACAUCCAGCCGUCCAUUGAGCGGCCCUCAAGAGUGAACUACUCCAACCCCCAAUCUGAGACGAAUAGGCUGUUGACUCCUGAUGAGACACCAUCGCCGAUCCAAUCCGAUGCCGAGAACCAUAACCCCCAGUCCAGUCCACCGCGGCCUGCUCCGAAUGCUGGUUCGCCCUCCUCGCGACCGAUCGAAAGCUUGGUACAGCCCAGUGAUGCCAUCACACAGCACAUCCGCCGCAACUCGACCGAGACACCCGCCGAUCAACUCUCCUCCUUUACGUCGGCGAACAUGGGAGGCCGUGACAUCCCACCUGUGCACUUACCUGCACCCGAGCCUCAGUCCAGACCGUCCCUGUCACCGAUCGUCCGCGCCGGCCGAGCUCUACAAAUCAUCACGUCGGAUCCGCCGUCACCACCUGGGAGGGACAGUGUGCUACGCAGUCCAUUCCGUGGUUCUUUUCCCAAGUCCAGCCAGUCUCCCGCUACGGUGGCCCCUCAUGCCCCGCCUGACCGGGAGAUGCGGUCACCCUCGCAACCGCGAGUCGGUGCCGUGGUUCAGUCGCCGUCCAGGUCCUGGCUUGCUCCGUUGAGUCAAGUCAAGGACUUCAUUGUCCGGAGCGCCCAGUCGCUGUCUCCUGCACGGGUUUCGGUUUCGGGGACUGAGCGCAUGGACGACCCGUUUGGCCCGGAUCCAGGCGAGUUGACCGGGUCAGUUUCAGGUGAAGGGAGCCCUGGUGCGGGUUCGCAAAGAUCUGUGUCACCGGACCUUGGUGCAUUCAAUGCCAGCAGACCAUCUGACGAUGAUCACAUUGACGCUCAAGAAGAGCCAGCGGAUCCGGCAGCAUUAUCAGAACCUCCUGAGGCUCGGCUACAUAUGGAUCAAGUCCAGCAAGCAGACCCUUUUGGGGAAGAGCGAGGGGCUGAAGAAGAAGAGGAAGAUGAGGACAUUUGGAUGGCCAUUGGAGCCCCCACCCCUUACGCGCCCAGAAAUGCGCCGGCUAGAUUAGAGCCGCUACCUGGAUCCGCCCGAAGGAGCAAGAUCCCAAGCCCAUGGAGACAAAACAAUCGGCGUCUCAUCUACAAUGAUGAGCUCGAGCGACACUCGGAACAAAACUCUCACAGUCAGAGAGGUAGCCCGGCGACCGAGAAGGAAGAGCCAAGAAGGCAGGCGCAAGCUCGGGUAAGACAAGUCACAGUCCGGCCUGGAAGAAAGGCACCCACAAACGAGGAGGAAGAGUACAGCCUGUUGUCUCAGGAUCCGCCGGGACAAAGACUAGCUCCUUCUAAUCCUCCGACCAAGAAGCCCGAUCUUUCUGCGUUCUUCUCGUCACCUGCUGUGCUCCCUGAUAUGGAGCAACUCACCGGCUUAGUUUCGUCGAAGGAGCUCAGCUCGCGAGCACGUGGAGUACCGAAAACACGAGCCAUGCCAGUCGAGAGACCGACAUCAUUUGGAAACAGCUUGUUCGCCCAGUACCUCCAACCGCAAUCCCAGACGCAACUGCCGCCAAUUCCACAAAAGCAGCUUGACAUUGGAAGCCACCGGAGGAGUGUCGACUUAUUUUCCCCUGUGCGAAAAGUCGUCGAGCGAAUCAGCCCUAAACAACCAGCCAGCUCCACGGCGCGUUCAAACUUGUCGUCGCAACCCGCAGAGGAGACCAGGCCAGGGAAUAUCCCGCAGCAAAUGCAUUUCCUCCCUCCUCAGCGGCAAGUCAGUGAUACUAAAACUGCAGCGGCAGCCGCGUCUGCCCCACGCACCGCCUCUCCUGGAACUGACGAGAUAAGGCCGCCGACAAUUCCUCAGAAGAUGAACUUCACCCCUCUUCGGCGACCGUCUCACAGCACCCUCUUGCAGCCAAAGCCCGUUGCUCCGACGAGCGCGCUCUUUGGCAACAGGGAAGUGUCAGAUUUCUUCUCACGGUCCCGUCCACAUCAUCAACGACCAGGAGCUAGACCACGAGAGGAACAAGACGAGGCAGAAGGAUCAUCCUUGAUGGAGCGUCCGCUUAAGCCUUUACCAGACCGGGCAGCCUCCCCUGGGAAAUCCUGCAUCCGCUCGCCUCUGAAACCUAAGACACCAGGCCGCAUGGUUGAGUUCACGAGCAGCACCCUCUCCCCGCUGGCACAGGCCCAAGCCCGCGCCGAACGCCGUGCCAGUAUGUCCCCUGAAAGGCAAGACGAGCACCGCCCACAUCCUGGGCGCGGACAGGUCACCAACAACGGCAUGUCAGUAGACAAAAAUUACCACGCCGCUUCUUCCGAACACUCACCAUCACCGUCGCCCUCGCCCUCUCACGAGCAACAACAACAGCCUCAACCCCAACGUCUGAGCUCGCACCGUCUUACCUCAUCCACCACCGCCAGCAUCCCACCAGAACCACAGCAGCAAAACCAGCAGCAGCAGCAGCAGCAGCAGCAACUAUCCCCGACAACCUGGACGCGCGCCCACUGGCUAAGACUAGACGAGCUCCUCCAAGCCCGAAGAAGCGGGAUUCUCCAGUUCCAGCUCGAGGUCGCCCGCCGCCGUCCUCUUCCCUUCGCUACCCCCGGUGCAGGAACAACAACAACAACAACAAGAAGAAGAAGAAGAAGUUGCCGGCAAUUGCUAGGCAAGAUUGUCACGUCGCAGGGGGAGAGCAUGGCGCUUGAGGAGUGGCAUUUGGAUGUUGUUGAGGCGUUCUUGGCUGAAGUCGGUGCUACUACUGGUGGUGGUGGCGAUGGUGGUAAUGCAGGGCAGAUGUUGUGGGAUGGGACACAGAUUGCGAAGAGGGUGUUUGCAUUGCUGGUUGGGGAGGAGAGGAGGCGGGUGGGAAUGGUGCCUGCUAGAUGGUAGGAGAGUGGGAAAGCAAGGGAAGAAGGAGUUAGAGGGUAGGGGCGGUACAUGCAAGUGAGGGAUGUGAAUUGAAUGUUGGGAUAUGGAGAAGGGGAGGGACUUGUCUGUCGAGGAGGGGGUGCGAGUAGUGGGAAGUACAUGGUACGCUGGCUUGUAAGGAUGAUUGUUGGGUAUAUCAUGUACAAGGAAGAUGAUGGAUGAUGACGAGCCUUGUAGGCAUACGAGUUCGAACU